ACUGGCACAGAACCAACCAUACCAGUAACUCACCAGAAGUGAUUUCAAGAUGGACAUGUUCUUCAUUAGAACGGCAUCCUUUUUGUGUUUUAUGUUGAUUCUUCAGACCGCUUACUUAAAUGCAGAACUCUGCAGCCCGUGUCCCGGAUGUCCCGACUGCCCGAAAUGGACAAAGUGGAUUGACCGGGAUGACAUCAGUGGCACAGGCGACUUCGAAACGUUUGAUCCGCCAUAUUUGAACCGAUCUGCGAUAUGUGAGGACGGAAAGGCGCCUAUCGACAUUGAGUGUGAUAUCCAAACAUCUAGAAAGAUAUGGUGGUUGCAUAGUUACGUCCUGAGACCAGGAUACAACUGUACUUUACAGAAUGGAAUUGGUUGUUUCAACAGAGACCAAGGUUCCGGCUACUGUCCUGAUUAUCGCGUACGGUUUCUGUGCCCAGCUUAAAAGACUGGGCCACAUCACAUCACUUUACUUUUUUUUCAUUGGAGAAGAAAAAAUACU